AUGGUAGCCAGCCUCCGCGUGCUCCACGUUGCUGGCUCGCCCGUCUCGCAGUACUACAGCAUGAUCUCCGUCCAUUACGCCCGUCAAAUGCUCGCUGGCUCCUCCGACGAGGCGACCAAGGCCUCGUUCGAGUUCACCUUUGCCGUCGUCCUGCCCGGAGGCGCAUGGUGCAUCGUGCCCGACCUCGACCAGGGGACAAUCGACGAUGCGCCCAAGCUCGAGCACGGAGCAGCGCUGAGCACGCUCGCCGCCUCCGACUUCGACGUCUGCGUCCCGCAUAUGUUCUGCUGGCCCGGAUACACUCAGUAUCGCUCGAUCUUUGAUCUGAUCGGCGUGCCGCUGGUUGGCAACACGGCCGAAUGCAUGGCCCUGAUCACCGACAAGCAGCAGACGAAGGCCGUGGCCGCCGCCGCGGGCGUACCGUUGCCCUCGCGCUCACUCCGCUGCUGCCUCUCAUUUCCGCGCCCUACCCGCCGCGUCCAGACGCCGACGGUCGGGUACCCAUUCGUCCUCAAGCCGUGCUGCGAGGAUAACUCGAUGGGCAUCUCCAAGGUGGAGGAGGCGGGCGAGCUGCGCGCGUCGCUCGUGGAGGCGUUCAAGUUUGACAGCAAGGUGGUCUGCGAGAAGUUCAUCCCGCUCGGCCGCGAGAUCCGCGUUGCGGUGGUCGAGGACGAGGCGGGCGAGCCGUCAAUCCUGCUGCCCGCCACCGAGUACCUGCUCACGCCCGAGCACCCGAUGCGCACGUCCACCGACAAGAUCUCUGUGACGGAGGAGGGGCUGCCCGACGCCGACAAGUUCUUCGCCACCAACCGCGAGGAGGCGCCCGACUUCCGCCGCUCCGUCUGCCCCGCGCCGCUCGACGACGCGCUCACCGCCAAGCUCGGCGAGGCGGCCCGGCGCGCCCACAAGGCGCUCCGCUGCCGCGACUUCUCCAUCUUCGACUUCCGGGUUGACCCCGAAGGCGAGGUGUACAUGCUCGAGUGCCAGCCCGUCUGCUCCUUCGCGCGCGAGUCGGCGAUGAUUGGCAUGGCCUCCAAGACGGACCGGCCCGAGCUGCAGCACCCGCAGCUCUUCCACACGAUGCUACGCCGCGCCGCGGCGCGCAAGCCCAAGCCGUUCGAUGCGUCGCAGAAGCUGGGCAUGAAGGCUGCAGCUCGAUCCACCUCGCCCUGCUCGAUCGUGACGACCGCGACCUGAGCGCGCCCCCCGGAGAUGAGACGUGCGUAUGGGAGGCUUUUGCCCUAGAGCUUUUGCCCAAAGGGUCUGUGACAGCGAGAGUUGUGUCCGUCGUGAGUGUGUGUGGUCGCUGGUCGGACCCUUGCGCCCACCACUGUUGAGAAGUGUACCGUACCUUACCCCCUGGUACUUGAAAGCCCA